CGUAAGACCUUCAAUUUCGCUACCUCUUGUCUCGCCCCCGCUCUCUCUCUUUUUGUACUAGCCUUAAUCUUCUUUCUCUUUUGUUUCAUUGGUUUUUUUUUCUUUUUACUUUAACUUUGAUUCUUCUUCUAUGGAACUUGAAGCUUACUGGUUCUUUCAGGUUCUUAAUGCCUCUUUUUGCUUCCUUAUCUUCACUUUUAUAAUCCUUUCUCUUUUUUCUCUCUUGUUUUGUUUACUCAGACCAAAACUCUGGUGCAACUGUGAGAUUUGCAGUGCUUAUCUCGCCUCGAGUUGGUCAAGACAAUUUGAGAAUCUUUGUGAUUGGUACACUCACCUGCUGAAGAACUCGCCUGGCAAAACUAUCCAUAUUCAUGUUCUUGGCAACACAAUCACAGCCAACCCUGACAACGUUGAGUACAUGCUGAAAACAAAUUUUGACAACUUCCCCAAAGGGAAACCUUUCUCCAUGAUCUUGGGUGACUUUCUUGGUCGAGGCAUAUUCAACGUAGAUGGUGAUUCCUGGAGGUUUCAGAAGAAGAUGGCAAGCCUGGAGCUUGGGAAGCACUCGAUAAGAUCUUAUGCUUUUGAGAUUAUCAACUGUGAGAUCAUAGACAGGCUUAUCCCGUUAUUAUCAUCCGUUGCAACCGGCAAAGAACAGCGGGUUUUGGAUUUACAAGACGUGUUUAGAAGGUUUUCGUUUGAUAGCAUAUGCAGGUUCUCUUUUGGGCUGGACCCUAGAUGCCUAGAGCUGUCUCUACCCAUGUCGAAAUUCGCCACGGCCUUUGACUUAGCCUCGAAAUUGUCAGCUGAGAGAGCCAUGACUGCUUCCCCCCUUGUAUGGAAGAUCAAACGGAUGUUGAAUAUAGGCAGUGAGAAGCAAUUGAAGAAGGCGGUCAAGAUUAUCAAUAUUUUAGCCAAAGAGGUCAUAAGGCAAAGGCGUAAAAUGGGAUUUUUAACCCAUAAUGAUCUUCUCUCCCGUUUCAUGUGUACCGUAAACGAUGAAACUUACUUAAGAGAUAUUGUUAUAAGCUUUUUAUUGGCUGGCCGUGACACGGUGGCAUCAGGUUUAACAAGCUUGUUCUGGCUACUGGCAAAGCAUCCAAAAGUAGGGUCAGCGAUUAGACAAGAGGCGGAUCGAGUUAUUGGGCAAAACCAGGAGAUGACAAGCUUUGAACAGAUGAAAGAACUCCAUUAUUUACAAGCAGCAGUGUAUGAGAGUAUGAGACUCUACCCUCCUAUUCAAUUUGAUUCAAAGUUUUGUCAAGAGGACGAUACACUACCCGACGGGUCGUUUUUGAAGAGAGGAACUAGGGUUACCUAUCAUCCCUACGCUAUGGGACGGAUUGAAGAGAUAUGGGGUCCAGAUUGCUUGGAAUUCAAGCCUGAAAGGUGGUUGAGAAACGGUGUUUUCUCUCCUGAAAACCCUUUCAAGUAUCCAGUUUUCCAAGCUGGAUUCAGGGUGUGUUUGGGGAAAGAAAUGGCUCUAGUGGAGCUGAAAAGCGUGGCACUUUCACUCGUUCGGCGAUUCCAAAUCGAAUUAGUGGCACCACAUCGGACACCACGAUUCUCUCCUGGGCUUACCGCGACUUUUAGUGGUGGACUCCCUGUCCUGACAGAUUCAUCGUCAGGUGCUGCCAAGUUGCACAGCGUGAUUCAUGAUAUCGAAAGUGACGUAAGAUUCAAUGGCCAAUUUGUGCUCAAGGAAAAAAGUGUCACUGCUUAUCAAUAUAAUUUCGUUACUCAUUAGAAUAUUUUUAUCUGAUGAUUUGUACCGAUAGGACAUUAGAUCUUAUUCUUGUACAAAAUUAUGGGCGGCUGGUGUUUAUUGACUGUAUAAACAGUUGCAGCCUGGUGUUCUGAUCAGAUGGAUGGAGCUUUGUUUUUGUUUAUCAGGUCAGUCGCACACUUUGAAGCUAUCCAAAGUACUAAAAUGUUUUA